CGAAAGGGUUUUGAGAGAGAGACAAAAGAGGACACACAACAAGUAGCCACUCUCUCGUCUCACCCAUCUCUUUUACACACAUCGAGUAGCCACUCUCUAUACCCCUUGCUGUUUUCUCCACUUUCUCAUCUCCUUCUUUCUCUAGAGAUCUCUUUCUCUAUCUUCACUAUUUUUCUUUCUAGAGGACAACUGUGACAUUUUGUCUGAACGCAUCUAUGGCUGCUCUGGUUCUUUCACUUCUCCUCCUAGCCAUGGCUAGCCAUUCUAGUGCCUCAUGGUGCGUGUGCAAAACAGGGCUGAGUGAUACAGUGCUACAGAGCACACUAGACUAUGCCUGUGGUAAUGGAGCAGACUGUAACCCCACUCACCCAAAAGCACCUUGCUUUGACCCUGACAAUGUUAGGUCUCACUGCAACUAUGCAGUCAAUAGCUUCUUCCAAAAGAAGCAUCAGGCUCCAGGCACUUGUGAUUUCAGUGGCACUGCCACUCCAACUAACUCUGAUCCAAGUUACUCAGGAUGCACCUUCCCUACUAGUGCCAGUGGCUCCGGUGGCAGCACCACUGUGACACCAGGCACAACUAAUCCAAAAGGCAGCUCAACAAGCACCACGCUUCCUGGUGGCAAUGGCAACAGUCCUUAUUCAGGAACCUCCUCAACCAAUGGAGUUUUUGGAAACAAUAGCACAGGGAUUAACCCGGACUACACUACAGAGAGCAGCGCAUUUGCUCUCAGGAACUCAAGCACAUUUCUCACCUGCCUUCUCUUGAUCGCUUUGAGUGGAUUCUCUUCUUUCUUGAUGCUCUAAGAAUAUUAUUGUUCUAUGGUUUUGUUGGUGCACUUACUGUCUCAAAGGACAUUGAGUCUAGCUUAGUGAUAAUCUCUGUCUGUCUGUUUCGAGUCUCUCUCUCUCUCUCUGUGUUAUAUUCUUGUUGUAAGAAGACUUCAGCUUAUGCUGACACUCUUGCCUCUUAAGACGGUUUCUGGUAGA